CGUCGUCAUCCAGGCUCAAGGCGUAGAACGGACCAAGCGCCAGUACCUUGUCUGUUAUCAUGAUCCCACGUUGUUCGAGGCAGAUGCAGAGAGAGCGGUGUGGGAAUCUCUCAUACAGCUCUCGUCUUCAUGGAAUGCUGCCGUCGCUCCGCAUGGCUUUUAUCAAACGGCUCUCAGUGUAUCCCGCCAACGUACGUGUUGCUGGUGAGUGGUGCUGCGCCUCCGGCUAGAGGAUGAGAUGUGAGGUCAUGUGCUGCAUUGGGGUUCCAUAGACAAGUGUUUUAAUCGGUUACGACGUCCUGUUUGCGAUCAAGAACGGUCCGUUUCAAACGUACUACACCGUGUCUCAGGGACGUGACGUAAAUGAAGCAUGGAAGUAUAUGUAGUCUGACGUAUGCAAAACGCACAUAUGUUCUUAUCCAUUGGCCACAGCGUCACGCUAUUGAAUGCAUUGUUGCAGGGCCCUUUCGCGUCGGCAGACUGCCGGCGUCACCAGGAGAGCUAGUUGUCAUGGGCACGAAAUUAACUCCAACGUAUGUUUCAUAUAUUCCUGCGCCUCGUAGACGCCAAACCUACGUAGGGGAACGGUCUGCGGCCCGCGGGCAGCGGCGCCGGUAGCCCUGGCAGCAGGUGGAGGAACCAACAGUAAGCGACUGGGCCACGUCGGCGAUUCUUUCCUGCCCUCCCUGUUUAUUUUGCCUCUUCCAAACUGUCGCCUGAAUCGGUAAUACCUUUGGAUUAAACAGGAUAGAGGAAGUGGUACGUGGUGUUUGUUCCACUGCCGCCCUGCACGUCAACACGUGAGUGUUCCUGGAACAAGCUACAUCUACUCAACCCUACAUAAACACAGAUCCCCUGGCACCGAUCCGCCAGUAUUGCGAACAAUCCCCCAAUGCUUGUGUCGGACCGCAUCACCAGCUAUAUUGGCCCUUAGGAGCAUCCGUGCACCGGACGACGGCGCGUCGCAAUGAACGCGCACUGUCACCGAGCGACACAGACCUCUAAUCAACUGUAGACACAGCCAUUCUCAGGUUGCUGCCGGCGACACCGGCUUCUCGGCUAGGGGCUUCGCCACACGGCGAUGAAUAUGCAGUAACGUUGCUGCGCUACAACAAACCCCCGACGCCACCGCAAUGCGGCUGGCCAAAGAGAACGCAAGACGAACCAGGGUUCAUGAAAUCUCAUUCGUGCGUCACUGAGUGGUAGUGUGCCGUGCCGUGUGUCAGCGUUUCGUUCUGGUGUCAGGCGUAGCCUUGUGUACCCGUUUUCGUAGUGGUAGAUGAAUGCAAUUCAUCUCAACCACCAUCAGAUGCAUGCAGAAGCGGGUCCGUUGCGGAAUCUGCUUACCAAAUGUGACGGACUGUCGCCGAGCUCGCCAGAUCACAGGACUUGCCGGCCCCUGUUGGCGGAGAGGGUGACCUCUCGAGAGCAUCCAGCCUUGCUUCAAAAACCAGUGCACCGGCAGCUAAAUAACCGAGUGAUUUGCAGUUCGUGUGAGCAGAUCAAUCGCUGCAUCAGUACCGAACACAAAACACUGUCUUGAUGCUUGACGUCAAACGUUGGUUUCAUCAAAUGCCGUUCUUGGGAGCGCGUUCAUGGUUACGUCCACUUAUCGCUCUGCAUGCCCUGGUGGAAGGACUGGCCGGUUUCCAUAGCCUACCAGGCUUGCAGGGGGGAACCGUGCUUCUCUGGUUCCCCGUCCUGCCCGAGCAUCAAGAGGUCGCUGCCAGCAAUGCACCGCAUGGCACAGAAUCGACAGAAGAGUCAGACUCUUCAGACGAUGACGAUCCACCACUUCGCACAGAUACCGAAAGCCUUUCCAGGCGGAGCAGCAGACUUUUGGACUCCGGCUUGACACCAGGGCCGCCGCGGGACUCGAGUGGUGCCCGUUCCGGUUUGGCUCUAGAUGUAGAGGAGCAGCUACAGUUGAUACGCUCUCAGAGACGCAGGCUUAUAGCAGCGAUGCGCAACCUUCGUUUUCGGUGGUCGAGCGCAGAAGGCUAUAUUAAGUGCAGGAUGCAAAGGGAUGCUUCAAGACGCGCACGAGGAGGUCAACCGGCGAUGCUUCCAUCGCGGCAGAAACUAGCGCGGUUCAAGUUGUUGUACAAGUCGGGGCGCGCUCAGCGAGAGCGCGAGUUAAGGAAGCUGGAGCGGGAGCUUCAGGAUCUCGAACGACAAAACGAGCAACUUCUCAAGAUGCAUGCCGUGCGCCGCAGAGGACGCGGUAACCGACCAGCAAAGGACAUGAGAGCAAAUCAGCUACGUCCUCCGGCCUCGACAGAUGAAUCUCAAUGCUUCGCCGAACCGGGACCUUCAGACCCACAGAGCGCGCCGACAGACACCGAAACCACUGACGUGGCACAGGCGGACCAGGCGGUCCCAGGUUGCUCAUGGUGGGGCACGGACUCCGGUGCAGCACCACUGAGACCGAACCCAAAGGCAGCCGUACCUGUGCGGGCGGAUGAGGAUAAAAGGGGGACACCAUUCAGCGAGCUUACACUGAUCAGAGCUCAGAAGGCUAACCUCCUUGCUAUGCGCCGCACGAUUCGGAGCAAAUGGAAAAGCCAAGCAGCAUAUGUGAACAUGCGAAUGCACGAGAUAAACUUCCAUCGGAAGGGAAAAGGUUUGCCUCCGCUGGAGUUGACGCCUGAGCUUCUCCGGGACUUUUCCAGCCAAUACAAUGAUCGUCUCGUUCCACGUGUAAUGCGUGAGUUGGAACUAAGUGGGCAGAUCGGCGCUCUUGAGGAAAAGGAAAGGGAUAUUUUCAAAUGUUGUUUGCGACUUGCUUGUCGUACCAGUGUGACGGCAGAGACGGAAACACCGGGCCCACGAGUACCCACUGGCGGCGCACCGAAUCCAGCACCCGAGCUGUCCACUCAGCCCGAGCUGCAGUUCCACCGACAGGUGCCAAGCACAGACUCGACUCUGCAGAUCGCCAGCACGCCACAUCUACUCUCGGCCGCGCCCGGUGCUCCGCCAUCCCGUGAGCAGGUUCCUAUACUUUCAUGGGGUCCAGUCUCGACCACAGACGGGGCCCGGCUGGAGUCCCAUUUAGCAUUGCCCAUAUUGGGGCCUGCAGGAGCCCAGAUGGAGUCCCAAUCAGCAUUGCCUGCAAUGGGGUCUGCAGGAAGAAGUCACACCACAACAGCAGCGCGCUCGGCACACAUCAUAGGCCCACCUUGCGUUGCUCCUCCAUCAUGCUUGUGGCAGCACCAGGAGACUCCCGUUCAGCUCGGAAGCACAGAAUCCCCCUCGGCGGCUCCGGAUCCCUUUCCACAGUAUUCACCGACUGACACGUCGGCGGCAUCAUAUGCCAUCCCCUGCCGGACUGGGGACAGCGGCGAAACCCAAUACCCGUCACCCUCGCAAUUAGAGCAGCACGCAGCUGCGUGUUCGCCUGGACGAUUUGAGCCCGGAAGUGAACUUCCUGCAGAGCUCUUGGAGUUCAUUUUGGAUCAUUCCACAGCUGCAUCGGCUGUCUCUGCGCAUACUUCUGCUGUCCUGGAGAAACCAGUUCCCUUACCCGCUGAGCCGUGGAGCCCAGGGAUUGCGUUCCCAAACAUUGUUUCUCCAUCUGAGCAGCCGUCAACCAGCCAUUGGUGGCCCGAUCCGCCCUCGAGUUCCUCCGACAGACGGUUAUGGCCUUCUGCACCCUUCGAAGGUAGGCUCUCGUCCCCAUGGCCAUGGGGAUCAUAGUCCGAGGACGAAAAAAGUCAUCUGGAAAAAAACGCACCCGUACCGUUUCGGACUGUCAUGGCACGUAGUUUCCUAGAGACGGGUUCCCCAUGCACAUCCAGCUCACACACGUUUUUUCCUCGGGGAGGUACUGAAGGCGCUCAGCAUACCGUCUGUCGAUAGGGUCUGAUGUGACUAUGUGCUGGCAUAUCGACGGAG